CAUCUCCGAGCCUACAAUCCGCUGCACUCUACCUAACCACAGUAUCCAUCCACCAAGAACCCUUCUCCACCCCUGCAGGCUAAUUCACACAAAUCCCAUGCUCGGCAGAUCUACAAAGUGCCCAGCCCACCCAAUAAGAUAUAUUCACCCACCCCAGUUGACUAUAUACGCAUGCAUAUGCACGUCUUUACCCAGCUCCACAACCCGCAAUUAAUCAACCUGGCAAACUAAGCCCCGAUCUACCGUACCCCAUAUAUAUCCCCGACGCACAUCCAGCAUCCCAUCCACGUGGCUCCCGCAUCCAAGCCUCAAUACAUAUCCAACCUCAACCUCGCCUCUUGACACCUUCGUGCCAACCUUCCACUAACCCCAUCCAAAACCCAACAUGCCGCGCACCACCACCGACCCCUCGGACGAAGACAUCGACGUCGAAGCCUCGCAUGCCCUCUUGCCCACAUCGCCUUCCCAUUCCCAAUGGCCGCGGGAAAAACCAUCCGUUUCUGAGAAGCGUGGCCUACGCUACCGUCGCGCGUGGGAAGUAUGGGCUAUUGGAUUUAUAUGCCUGGUAUCCGGCAUAGCCAUCGGGGCACUGUUGGGUGCGAGGGGGAAGAGUUGUGUGGCCAGUGCUGGUAGUGGUAGUGGUGGUGGUGCGUUGGCGGAGGCUGAGGCGGAGGUGGGAGGAGUGGACAGGGCGCCUUUUGGAUACAACAUCUCCGUCAUCUUUUCUCCAAACGCCGACUUCCAAAAGGACGGCGGGCCCGAGGCGGAUGGCAUCUGGGAUUCGCUGCUGCCUCGAGGCAAAGGCUUCAUCCAACUCUCCACCACCGGCACCCCAAUCCCCUACGCAGACCAAGACUCCACAAACUCGCUCCUCGAAAACACAAAAGUCGUGUCUGUAUUCCACCAACUGCACUGCUUGAACAACAUACGCAAAUCCCUCCUAGCCGCAACAUCGCCCGAGUCCGAUCCCUCGACCCUGUCGGACCCUACUCACUCCUCGUCCUCCUCGUCCUCCUCUUCCUCCCAUUCCCCCUCAACCUUCCAAUAUCUCGCGCCCCACCUCAAAACCCACUGGCACCACUGUUUCGACUACCUCCGCCAAUCCCUCAUGUGCAACGCCGACGUCACCCUCGAGACGCUCGAACGCAGCAAGGUCGACGGGCGCAUCUUGCGGAGUGUCGACGGAUGGGGCACCAAGCACGUAUGCCGCGACUUUGGGAGGCUGUGGGAGUGGGCGCAGGAGGCGAGGGCCGGGGUGGGGGGAGGGUUGUAG